AUGGAUGCGAUACCUAGUCAGCGACAGACGUCUUCUGGAAAUGUUCUUUCUUCCUUAUCACAAUCUUCGUCAUCUUUACUAGGAGCCUCCAAUAGGGAUCAACAAAUCGAAAAAUUACUCAAAGAAGUCAAACAACUGAAACAAAGAGUGGAUAUCAUGGAUAAGGAAAAUAUUGCUUUGAAGAAAAGUAUUUAUGAUCUUUCGGCUCGAUAUGCGGCAUCUAUAUCUCAAGGUGGUCUGAAUUAUCGUCCUGGACCAUUUGUUAUGGAUCCUUCCAAUACAACUAGUGCAAACAGUGGCGUCAUUACAAAGGCUCAAGAGAUUUUGACAAAGGCAGUACAACAAGCUGGUGGUGAUAUAGAUUCCUUACAAACUGUUGGAUAUCAUGAUACCCGAGAUGGCAAACCAUUCCAAAUACGUGAUGAACUCAAGGGUCAUACGGGAGCAGUUUAUUGUGUAGAAUUCUCUCCUAAUGGUGACUUGUUAGCUACAGGAUCUUUUGAUAAGACAGUUCGUUUAUGGGAAUUCAAGGAAAGCCAGAAAGAGAUUUUCUGUUUAAAGUCUCAUACACUCAAUAUAUCAGAUUUGGCUUGGACUCCAGAUUCAAACACUCUUCUUUCAGGAUCAUAUGACGAAACAUGCAAAACAUGGGAUGUCCAAACUGGCAAAUUAUUGACAAAUACGGAAACUGAAGGUUUUGUACAAUGCGUGGCAUGGGAUUUUAUUGAAAAUUCUGUAUUCUAUUAUGGUACGUCACGUAAAAUUCUUGCCAUGGUGGAUUCAAAAGCAGAUGAACCCAUUAUUAUUCGAAAUGAUGCUAUGGUCAAUACAUUAUAUGCUUCUCGAGAUGGUAUCCAUGUGAUCACUGGAGAUGCCAAUGGAAUAUUAAAAGUUUGGGAUAUGCGACAAAGAAAAUGUAUAUCUGCUACAGAUAAUGAUCAAGAAAAGAUGCCAAUUACCCAUAUAUCUAUUGGAAAAAGACGAACAGAUGCAUCAAGACGAGCAGUGGAUGAUUAUGAUGAACCUCGAUAUAUGGCUGUCAAUAGUUAUGAUAAUUUGCUACGAGUUUAUGAUAGAGGAAUGGAUCCACCAAAAUCAAAAUUGCGACAAGUUCAUACAUUGAAAGGGUUCACUAACAAGAAUUGGCCAAUCAAAAGUUCAUUUUAUUGUGGAAGUGAAUACAAUUCAUCUAUUCUUAGCAGACCAUCCAUGAUGACUAAUGAAUAUGGAGAUCCAGACUUUCAAUCAACACCUAGCGACUAUUUAUCGGAAAUAGCAGAACCAAAGGAAGAAAAAAGUGUGUUAUUGGCCACUGGUAGUGCUGAUCCUUAUGCUUAUCUUUAUAACGUUGGAGAGGUAAAACCUGAUUACAUAGACUUGCUUCAUCAAUAA